AUGGACAUGUCCCAGAUCAGCCCGGCCGACCAGGCCAAAGUACAGGUCAUGCAAGAAAUGGAAAUUGAAAUGAUGUCCGAUUUAUAUAACCGCAUGACGACCGCAUGCCACAAGAAGUGCAUUCCACCGCGCUAUUCGGAGUCGGAGUUGGGAAAGGGCGAGAUGGUCUGCAUCGACCGCUGUGUGGCUAAGUACCUGGACAUUCAUGAGCAUAUUGGCAAGAAGCUAACGGCCAUGUCCAUGCAGGACGCAGAGCUCAUGAAGAAUAUGACUAGUUAAUGCGUUGGCAUACCAAACACCUGUCAUAUUGGCACCAUUUCCUACAUAACCAAAUCGUAUUGUUUCCUGUUCCCCUACCGGCUAGAGCCUGCAUUUCAAGCGGUACGAUAUGUUAAAGGUCCAUGUACAAACACACAAAUCCAAACAAUAAAUAACACAUUUAUGCGUGCUGUGUAAUACUGA